AUGCUAGCCAGGAGCCAGAAAUCCCCCCUACUAGCCAGGUGCUAUUCAAAACAUAUCUCGCCAAUCACAUCCCACUCGUAUAUCGACGAUGAUUUCUUAUCUUUGGUCAAUAAGCGCAAAAUGGCCAAACACCUUAACGACUUGGGUCCAUUCCCCUCUUACUCAAGCAUCUUGACUCCCCAGCACUUCUACCAGAACGAAGUGUUGAUGAACUAUUCACGCAAGAAACCUCAUCCAGUUUCUCUUCGACAAUUAGCCGGUUUCGGCAAGACUUUAACCAAACAGAAGAUUCUUUCGUCUGCCAAUUUUGUCAGGUUGGAAUUGCCAAUUAGAUUGGCGAUGAGAAUCAGAGACUUGCAGACAUUACCGUUUGGAGUGGUUAAUAACUUCCAUUUGGCUCAGAUCUAUGAGAGUUACUACCAUCUGUUCAAUGCUUUCCGGAAGAUUCCCCAUAUUUCCACUGUGGCCGAAAAUGACGAGUUCUGUAAGACCAUCAGUGCCUUGUUGGACCAGCAUGUGUUCAAUUUGUCUCAUUUAAUGAUGGGUGCACUUGAGCUGUCUAUCUUGAAGACACUCCCUCAAGAUGAAUUAGACAAUUUCAUGAGCUCCAUGCUCAGGUCUCGUAUCAGUAGAAGAGUCAUCGUGGAGGAACAUUUAUCUCUUACGGAAAUCUACAAGAAGCAUCCGUACCAGAGCAAGCCACCAGAUUACAUUGGAGAAAUCUUUAAUGACUGUAACGCAAAGGAUCAUUUUGAGAUUGUGGCAGACUUGAUCAAAGAUUCCAUGGUAGAGUACUUCCCCAAAAGAGAAGACAUGCCAGAUUUGGUGAUUGACGGAGACACCACAACACACUUCCCCUUCAUGGUGCCUCACUUGCAUUACUUGUUCGGAGAAAUUCUACGGAACUCGUUUGAGGCCACCAUGAAGACCCAUGGUGGAUCCUCUGGAAAACUUCCUCCAAUUAAGAUCACCAUCAUCGAUUCCAAGAAACUGGUGCUUUUCCGAAUUUCGGACCAGGGUGGAGGUAUUCCACACAAUAAGUUGGAGUCGAUCUGGAACUUUGGAAAGAACCCCGAGCUCGCUAGACAGUCAUUGGCUAACUUCCAUCGUAUUCCUGGCUUGCAAAUGUACUCCAACCUCCAGGUGACGCCAGCAGGCUCUUCAAUUGUGGAUACCCACGAUGCAUUGGGACAAACCUCACUUGGUGAUAUCAAUCAUGCGUCUACAACGACAAAGAAGUCUACAUUGGACCAGUUAAUCACCAGACCAUACAAGUAUAAGUUGGGCCUUGGAUUGCCAAUGUGCAAGGUGUAUGCUGACUACUGGAAUGGAGACCUUACGAUGAAUUCUCUUGAGGGAUAUGGAAGCGAUACGUGCUUGACAUUGAGCAAACUUGGUUUCUACUCACAUGUAACGCAACUCGACAGAGCCUAG